AAUAUUCUGUUUACUACAGCUUACACUUUAACACAAGGAAGAGAAGUUAUUAACUAGCAAACUUCAACAAGUUUUACAACUAUUUUACGUUAUGUUAGUUUGAUGAGAUUGUGCUGGCUGAAGUUUUGGUGUCUCGAGAUCGAAGGAUUCAAGUCACUUCUUUUCCAGUUGACAGCCUGCCGCUAUGGACAAUUCUUUCUUGACUCUCCAGAGAAUCAGCCUCGAAGUGAUGGCAAGGCCAGAUCAAGAAAUCCUCCAGCUAUUUGGCUCCGAAAUCGAGCGUAUUCCCAACGAAUACGUUCAGCAGUACCAGAAAUGUCUCUUGCUACCCCUUCUGUCCACUGUUAAAAAAAAAUUCGCGCGAUCAUCAAUUCACGAAGAAUGCCUUGGCUUAUUGCUGCACAUUCUUCGCCGCAGUCGGCUGUAUUCUUGGACUGAAUUUCGGGAUAUUUUGGGAUGCUUAUGCGUUCUGUUAAAGAACCUAUCUGCGAGUGGCCACGGCAGGGACGAACACUUCGUGAUUAUUUUAUUGAAGACUUUGGACGCUGCAAUUAAAGCCACCACCGAUUCGGUUUUGACUGCCGGACUUCAAAAUCACCGUCCCCAAUUCGAAUUGUUUUGGAGCCAUAUCGUAUUUAGCUGUGUCGAAAAUUUACAGCAGAAUUCUUCUCGUGAGCUCAAAAUGGCAGCCCUGGUCUUAUUGAAGACCACUGCAUUUGGAAAUUUUGAUGAGAGUUUUUUCGAACUGCGGGGAUUAGUAGGCGGUGUCUAUGCUGCGUUCCUCCCUGGUGUGGCGGCUGCUUGUGCGAACGUUAUAACGCAGCCCGCUUCAUCGGCUUACAUUGGCCAGAAGAUCUUUGUUGAAGUUCUGGGAUGCUUGUCCAGUGUAUUAUGUUUGAUAUUCGUAAACGUCCAAAGCAUGUCGGGGACCACCGAACUCGCUGCCGUUUCAAACGAUAUCUCCGUUACAGUCCCGUCAACGGGCUGCCGCAGUGAUGAAUGGGUGCGGCAAGCACAGCCGAAGCUCGAAAUAAUUUUCCGGCUUGUGUUUUCGCUAUCCAAGAACGACUCUCCAGAAGUGCUGCUGGCAUUGGCAGACUUUUGUCACACCAUUAUUAAGAACUGUUCAACGAAAUUGUCGGAAAUUUCCGGAAUACUUUUGCGAGUGUUGGUGGCUUUGUCCCAGGACGAAAAUCCGCAUGCCAAAGAAGCUGCGAAAAAGCAUUUGUUGGAUAUUUCGAUUUUGGAUGACAAAAUGGAAUUAGCUUGGAUGCGAGAAUUCGCAGAGGAGGAUUUUGUGAAGUUGCUGGACAGUUUGCCACAACCCAAGGAGAAUUCUGAAGAAUCUCUGGUCUCACAGCUCAGAUUAACCAUUGGAUACAUCCAAUUCUUUGACUGUACAAUACAAAAACUCCUUUCUUAUGGGGAUUUCGAAGAACGUUUAGCGGGUUUGCUGAUAAACAUUGGCAAAUUAGACGAACGAAUGUUCGAUAUUUGGGAAGCAGCACAUGAUACCGGUAGACCUUAUAGCUUUCAGUUUUUAAAGGCUCAAAAAAGUCAAAACGCCUUCUUGGAGUUGAUUGCUGCGUUAACGAAAUGCGAGGUUGGGAACGCACUGAUCGCGCACUUGCUGCGCAAAGUGGACAAGGCUGACCAGCAAAGAAACGAAGCGUUGUUGGUGAUCAACCACCUUUUGCCAACGCUCAGUAAUAAAAUGGAUACCUACGUCGGCAUCGCCGACGUGGAAUCUGUACUGGAGUCGUACAUGUCAUGCGAAAUAUGGGAUUUCACCACUUCCUCCCAUGCGAUUGCUUUGUCACAAAAGUGUAUUGGUGAGGGAGAUUUGCCUAACGACACCAGGAAUUCAGCCUCAAGGAAAUUAAGCGGCAGGAAGACAAUAAAGCUGAAGUGUGGAAACUUCGACCAGUAUCUUCACCGAACCUUGUACAGCCUUCUGGAAAAGACCGUUGCUGAAAUGCCUGUUAUCGCUAACAGAGCUAAAAGGACUCUAAGCAUUGUAGCUGCCACCUGCGGAUAUUCUUCGGCAUCUGACCUGAUAAAAGACAACACAGAAGUGAUCAUUAAUCCUAUUCUGAUUAGGUUCCGACAUAUUCAUCGCCACCCCAAAACCGUUUUUGCCGUGAGAGCUUUAAUAUCGCACUUGGAAGUUGAAUCCAUGCCGGUUGUGGCUAAACUGGUGCAGCGUGUACUGGAGAAGUUGGACGAGUACCAUAACGUUGCCGCUUUGCCUUUUGUAACAGUUCUGGAUGCUGUUGUUACUCGGAUUAGCCAAUGGUAUCCUGUCGCACCGCGACCGGAACAAUUAAAAGAGGAUCCCAUUGCAGCCGGGGUGGAUUACUUGAUGAAGGGGUGCUAUGAAAAUGCAAGCGCAGCGAAACAAACAGAAGUCAGUUGUGAUUCGCACAGUGGGAUAAAUUCUGGCUGUGACGGCGGAGAUGUUGGUGAAAAUGAUUGUGAUGAUGAAUCUGAGAUUUUGGCAGAUGAAGAGAAGACGGAAUUACCGCCGUACGUUGUGGCGGUUUCCGAGAUCUUGAAGCGCUGUGCUUAUAUUCUGCCGGUUGAGGCAAGAAAUUUGCGAUCGGUCGUACUGGAUGUGAUGUGUGUUGGAUGUACUGUUCUGUCUGAAUGGAAAGAUCAGCUUUUACCAGUUGUACAUAAAAUCUGGCAGUCAAUUAUUAUGUUGCAUAGAUCCUCGGACUUUCUGAUAAUUCGAAAGGCUUUUCGCUGUUUAACCGUAAUGGCUGCUGUCGGAGGCUCUUUUCUCCGGCAUCGAGUUACGAAAGAAGCGUUACCCAUCAUUUGCCGAUUUUUGGGUGAACAAUGUCAAAAGGGGCUGAAGUCUAAAACAGACAGCACUGGGGCAGUGCGGCAACUGCAACUGACAUUUCUUGAAAGCUUGCCGGCACUUCUAAAGGCAAUCGAAGCUGAGGACACUUCGUACGACGUACUUGCGAAUGCUGUCGUUGGUUACUUGGACCGUCGACAAUCCAAGGCAUUAAACGAAUCCGCUGUAUCAUUUUUUAAAAAGAUGGCCAUUUGGCAACCCGAUAUAAUUUAUAUCAAAAUGCUAGAACUGCGAUCCAUCCGGCCUGGCGUGGAGUUUGCUAAACCAGGUUUAAAGCUGUUAAAAUUGCAGAUUGCACAAUGCAAAAUGGAUGUUAUGGUGGAUGAAGAGCAUAUUUGCGAAAUCGAAGCCGUGAUACCGUGUUCCCGAGCAGGGAGUGGAUACGUUGCUUAAUUGUUAACUGCAUUCUGACAACCGUUUGUACUUGAUAUACUGCAGCAUUACUGAUUGAUCCUAUUGAGUCCAAAAAAUGCUAAAUGAAAUGUUGCACUUCGCAGUCGUUUGAUAUGCAACUUCGUCCCGGAAAUGAAUGAUAUCCCUCUUGUCUUUCUCGGAUUGAACCUAAAUGUUCAACUUUGGAAAUUAAAGGAAUAAAUU